UGUCUGACAUCUUUUAUAAAACAGCAUUUUUUCCCAGCAUAAACUCUAAAAACAGAUCAAUCCGAAACAAAAGUUUCCUACUUCCCAUUUCUGAAGUGGUAAUUACGAGCUUGCCUAUUUAUUGGGAAAUUUUUUAUUAAAAACCAAAAUGAUAUUUAAUGUUCCAUUUAUUAACAACCAUCUAAACGUUCACCGUUCUUGAUCAUCAGUCUGCUGACAAUUCUGGAAUUUCUCUCCAAUAUAGGCUAUUUUCGCUGUGUAUAAAACAUACAAUAUGCUUCAUAUGGUUAUUCAUAUAUGUAAAUAUGCACUACUUUCACAAAAAGACAAGGCGACAUAGCUGUUGUGGAAAAAACUAAUAAAGAGUACCAGUCACAGUUGCAAUCAGCAAGUUUAUGGCCCGCCCAACUCAGGAAAUUUCCAGUUUUAUGGCAGGGUCCCUCUCUGACUGCAGCAGUGGAGAAAAGUUUGCUACAUUUUGAUUGUAUCUUGGUGGACUAGCACAAACAAAUAUCCAAAAACACCAUCAGAUACGGAUGUUAGGACAACUGACAGGCACCUCAAGCAAGGGAAGGACAGGACUUCUCAUGGGCCCACAGGCAGUUUGUGCCCUGCACCCAUCUUGAGACAAAUCCAAAAUGUUUAUGCCCAAACCACCAUAAACAUUCCUGAAGGACCAUUUGGAUGCUGCAGCAGUGGCUGAAACAAAGAGACACUAACAGAUACAAGUUCUGAGUCUCAGUCCUGUAAGGGGAGAGACAGAAACAGAUCAACAAAGGUUUGAGCCUCCCAUCUAGAGAUAUUGUAGAUAUGCUGUUCUGAGUCUCCAGCUUGCAAAGGUGAGACAGAAACAGGUUCCAUGCUCUAAUUCAACAACUUGUUAGGUAGCAACAGAUACAACCAUGUUCUGAGCCUCCAGUCUAUGAGGAAAGAAACAUUAAUAAAACAUAAGUUCAGAGUCUUUGUCUAGUGAGACAAAUUACACAUCCCUAGUCUCCAUGCCAGAGAGAUAAAAACGGAUUGACCAAGUUCUGAGUGUCUGGCCCAGAGGCAGAAGACACACAAGCUAGUAUUGCCUUGAUACCCCAAUUUUGGCUUCAGUACGGUACCACAAUCUAAUACUGUAGAAUCAAUAUUAAAUCGAUACCAUACGCAGUGGUUCUCAACCGGUGGGGCGCGCCCCCCCGGGGGGGGCAAAUUUUUUUUAUCACUAAACUACUGUCAUAAAAAGUUACAGUUUUGUAUAUACAUAACUCCUGAAUAAAAUUAAAAUGUGUUUGGACUGAUUUAAAAAAAAAAAGUUUUUAACAAAUUUGAUUGUUUUGUCGAUAGUGAGCGCAAAUGCAGGUGAUAAGCGGUUUUAUUAAGCGAGUCAUUGAGUCGUUCAUUCACGAUUCGUUCAAACGGCCGAUUCAUCAAAAAUGAGACAGAUGUUUGUGAAUGGGUCAUUGAAUCUUUGACUCAAACGAUUUGUUCAAAACACUGAAUCAUUCAAAACACGAUUGAGUGUUGCUGUGAGAUUCGCUAUGUUGUGAUCUUUGUUUGGAUUCAUCGGAUCUAUUUUCGCUGCUAAAAUAGACCAAAACAGUCAUUAUUUCGUCUAAAAUGUAAGUGACUUAAUAUUUUUAACUUGUUUGUUGAACUGUCAUAUCAGUGUCACAUUUUCAAUCGCGAGGUGAUGGUAAAUUAAGUGAUGGUCAAUUGUCAGCUCUCUUGGUCGUCAGGUCGUGUGAUGUAUGUUGCUGAACUGUAUUCAAAUGUUAUAAAUAUAAAAACACCACAUUUUAAAAUUUAACUGCAGUAUGUCAAUUUAGUUUAUUUGUGUGUGCUGCGCUCAUAGACUUUAGAAAACGGCGCUCAUUUGUUUGAUUUCUCCUCGAGAAGCUGCGCAAGUCUCAAAAGUUUAAGGUCCUUGCACCCUGACUGAGUCCGAAACUGUCGUAUUCGUUUUUUCAUAUUCGUCAUUUGGUGGCUCUCAAUUGUCAAAAACACCCCUCAAAAUAUUUGCUACGGAUGCGAAAAAUGCAGAAAAUCAAACCAUCUGAAUUAAUUUUUAUGACGGACGUAAGUUUUAGAGGCUGCAAAUGUAUAAAACGUGAGGUCGUAUUUAGUUUUAUAUAUAUAUGAAUGAAUAAACUAGUCAGAAUAUAGGCUACAGUUAAAGCUUUCCUUUACCUGCAAGCUUCUGUAAAAAAUGCAGAUGAUGCCUACUAUUAGGCCUAGUAAUAAUAACAAUAAUAAAGCAUAAAUUAAUAUCAGAGGUCUGGUGCCAAUUCCCAAUUAUAGCAAUAGCCUAGUAAUGAUAAUAGGCCUACUGAUGAUGAUAAUAAUAAUAAUAAUAAUAAUAAUGCCUGCAAGCUCACAUUAGAAGUCUGGUGCUACUGCCAAUUAUAACAAUAGCCUAGUAAUGAUAAUAGGCCUACCUACCUCUACUGAUGAUAAUAAUAAUAAUAAUAAUAAUAAUAAUAAUGUGGGCCUAAAAAUAAUAGCCUAGGGCUAUCUAUCUAUCUAUCUAUCUAUCUAUCUAUCUAUCUAGCCAGCCAGCACUGCCUUAACCCUCUUGGACAUGGAGUUCACCAGAGCUUCACAGGUUGCCACUGGAGUCCUCUUCCACUCCAUCACGGAGCUGGUGGAUGUUAGAGACCUUGUGCUCCUCCACCCUCCGUUUGAGGAUGCCCCACAGAUGCUCAAUAGGGUUUAGGUACCCUCAGCUUCUUUAGCAAGGCAGUGGUCGUCUUGGAGGUGUGUUUGGGGUCGUUAUCAUGUUGGAAUACUCCGAAGGGAGGGGAUCAUGCUCUGCUUCAGUAUGUCACAGUACAUGUUGGAAUUCAUGGUUCCCUCAAUGAACUGUAGCUCCCCAGUGCCGACAGCACUCAUGCAGCCCCAGACCAUGACACUCCCACCACCAUGCUUGACUGUAGGCAAGACACACUUGUCUUUGUACUCCUCACCUGGUUGCCGCCACACACGUCUGACACCAUCUGAACCAAAUAAGUUUAUCUUGGUCUCAUCAGACCACAGGACAUGGUUCCAGUAAUCCAUGUCCUUAGUCUGCUUGUCUUCAGCAAACUGUUUGCGGGCUUUCUUGUGCAUCAUCUUUAGAAGAGGCUUCCUUCUGGGACGACGGCCAUGCAGACCAAUUUGAUGCAGUGUGCGGUGUGUGGUCUGAGCACUGACAGGCUGACCCCCCACCCCUUCAACCUCUGCAGCAAUGCUGGCAGCACUCAUACAUCUAUUUCCUAAACACAACCUCUGGAUAUGAUGCUGAGCACGUGCACUCAACUUCUUUGGUCGAUCAUGGCGAGGCCUGCUCAUAUCACUCCAAUUUUGAGGACCCUUCAUUGGCUGCCUAUUAAAUUCAGAGUUGAUUUUAAAAUCAUUUUAUUUGUUUAUAAAUCCCUACGUGAUUUAGCCCCCAUUUAUUUAUCUGAACUGCUGCAACCUUAUACUCCUUCCAGAAGUUUAAGAUCCAGUGACCAGAACCUUCUUUUAGUCCCACAUUCCAGACUCAAACGCAGAGGGGAUAGAGCGUUUUCUGUGGUUGGGCCACGGUUGUGGAAUAAUCUGCCUCUAGAAAUUAGGUUAGCCCCUUCCCUAACCACUUUUAAGUCUCUACUAAAAACACACUUGUUUUCCAUGGCUUAUAAUUAAUUUUCUUGUUUACCUUGUUUUCUUUGGUUUUAUUUAACAUAUUUAUUUAGUUUUGUAUAAAUUGGGGUCUGACUUUGUUUUAUUGUGUUUUAGUUGUGUUUAUCGUAUAUUUUUUUCCUUUAUAUCUUUUGUCUGAUCCUUUGUACAGCACUUUGGUCAGUCGUGUGGCUGUUUUAAAAGUGCUAUAUAAAUAAACAGAACUUGAACUCGGAACUUGAACUUGUUUUAUUUACUGCAGUUUCUCAUUCAUUACCUACACUGUGGGCCCGCUAGUCUUAACUUCUCAUAAUAACAUAAAAUUAUUUAAUGUCGUGUUUUGCGCCAUUGCUGUCAAAAGAACUAAAAUUGAAAGCGCGAUAAUGCUUUAGUCUCUUUAGUCCAAAAGACUGCGAUUUAAUUAUGUAUAUAGUCUGUUUGCUCUGACCGUAUCAAAAUGAAGUGCUCACUUUGCUCUCACGAUCAGGUGUAUUCUCGGUUCACAGUGAGUGGACUCCAGCAAUCUCUGCAUGUGCUGUGGGGACAUAGCAGGCACUAGUUGCACAUUAUUUUCACAUUUGCAUAGUUUCCAAUAUUUUUGUGUGAAAAUUACAGCAUUUCAUUCGAUUUGUAAUAAGAAGCGUUUGUAGACCUUUCACAGAAACGUUAGUUUACUGUCUAAAUAAAAGCUCAAGGGUUUAUUUCUUCCAAGUGUAAAAAUUAGGACAUUUUUCCCCCAAUUUGCACACUGAACAUGGAAAGUGCACCAGAUUGAUGAAUUUAACUUUAAAAUGUACAAAAUUUUCUUACAGGUGGCAUGCCCCCAGACCCCUCUAGAGGGACCAAAGUCCACCCAACACAGCCUCACAAAACGUGUGCCACCCUAAAAUUUUUACUGACCCCAUUUGCCCACCCCAUAAAAAAAUCCUGGAGGCGUCACUGUGACGUACCAUCCUCUCACAUAAAAGUACACGACCGUUUUCAUUCGGUAGGUAGUCCAUCGCACAAUCCACCUCUCACAGUUAGCUAAGCAAUGACACAAAAUACACCUCAUAGGCGCCCACGCCCCAAAAUUUCAGAACUGCAGCUUAAAAGGCUAUGCAGCUGUGUGUACACAUAAAAAAAAGGAAGUAUACUUUGGGCAACGGCAUUGUGAGGCACUUUGUGAGAACUCUACUUCCUGUUUAGUUCUAACAAGACAUAAUGGAUCCAGCUCUAGAAACAGAUCACGACUACAGUGAUAUUGAAAAUGAGCUUAAAAAUCACGCAAAAAACAUUCCUGUGGAUUUACCUGUUGGAUACUGCAAGGAAGCAGCAUGUGUAAUCACAGUUAUUCUUAAUGUGAUCAUAUUCCUUCUUGGCAUCGUUGGAAAUGGUGCGGUGAUCUGGAUUACUGGUUUUAAGAUGAAGAAGUCAGUGAACACCACCUGGUACCUGAGCCUGGCUUUGUCUGACUUCAUUUUCUGCGCUACUCUCCCUUUCAUCAUUAGCAGAAUAGUUACGGAUGACUGGAUCUUUGGGCUCUUCAUGUGCAAGUUCACCUCUUUUGUUAUGACCAUCAAUAUGUACAGCAGCAUUUUCAUCCUGGUCAUCAUUAGUGUGGAUCGCUGCAUCAUAGUCAAGUUUCCUGUCUGGGCCCAAAAUCGACGCACUAUAAAGAAAGCUUCUUUAGUUGUUAUGAUGGUUUGGUUUGUGUCUGCUUUGCUUAGCAUUCCACCUGCCAAAUUUAGAGAUAUUACAGAUAUUACACAUGACUCACGUACGGUCAAAUGUUAUAACAACUAUAAAGAUCACCACAGUACCAUUGUGUACACACGCUUUACUUUUGGGUUUUUAAUUCCGUUCCUGACCAUUUCCACCUGUUACUCCGUCCUGAUCUGUAAACUUAGAGAAAACCAAGUUUCCAAACUCACCAAGCCGUACAAGAUCAUGACAUUACUGAUUACUACUUUUUUUGUCUGUUGGUUGCCAUUUCACAUUACUUCUAUUCUAGAGGUGGGCAAAACUAAGCAUGAUCCUGUCUUUCACACGGCCCAACAAAUAUCUGCAGCCCUUGCCACUGCAAACAGCUUUAUAAACCCAUUCCUCUAUGCAUUCAUGGCCAAGGAUUUGAAGAAGAAAUGCUAUUCCUUCCUGUCAAAGAUUGAGAGCGCCUUUGAUGAGGAGACCCGGAGCGCUUUCCAAAGAACUACCAAUACCAAUUCUGUGGAUAACAGACUUUCCACUGCUGUCUGAAAUUUUAAAACAAUUAUUGGACAAAAGAUAUUUUUCUUCAUUCUCUUCCACGUCGGACUGGAGAGUGCUGGCCUAUAGAAAAGAUGGAACAUUAACAAGUUGUACAAUUGUUUGUCUGUUGCAUGAAAUGUCUAGAAUAAAUCAAUGUAAAUAGGUUCAAUAAAAGCUACUUUCUACAAAAGUUUUGUAUAUUAAAAUGCCAUUUUGCUCAAUGAUUUUGCAGAAUUUACUGAUUUUAUCUUAUCAUUUUUGCAUGUUACUGAUCAACGCAUCGCAUAUACAUAAAUAUUUGGAGUGGGGCAUCAAAUAAUUUGGGGUUUUGAAUUUAUUGACGAUUGAAUGCAUUGAGCAUCAUUUGACCAAGAUCAACAAAUCUUGUUAUGCUCCACAUGUCUCUCACUCUGUUUUGCUAAAAUAUACAUUAAAAAUAUACAAAAUCUUGUUCUAA